AUAGGCGAGGAGGCCCGAGAAGGACGAGGCCGAGUAAAGGCGUGUCUUUGGAGGAAGGAAGCAUCCCAAGAUCUCUCUCUCUCUCUCCCUCCCUCCCUCUCUCACACACAGACACAUACACAACAGAGCCUCGGGGACCUGGGAAUCUGCUGUCUCGCACUCCCUCUCUGUCUCUCUCGCUCACUCUCUCUCUCUCACUCACUCUCCCCUUUGGUGUGUGUCUCUGUCUCUCGGUUCGUCUGUGGCAAGAGACAAAGAACAGUUGGUGGGGGUUGUCAUUGAACGCCCCUGCUGCUGCCGCCGGCCGCCCCUAAACCUUAACAACGCAUUCCUCGGUAGAUUAGUCACGCCUAAACAGCUACAGCUACGAUGGAGGAAAUUACCGCGAGCUUGGAGAAGUUGCGCGUGUCCUCAGAAAAUCCUACCCCUGAGCCAUUAGACGAGCUUCUAGAUCAGAUACACCAGCAAGAUGAUACAACAGAGGUUUGUGAAGGACUUGUCAAUGGUGGGGUGCUGCCGUUAUUGGCUAGCGCCAUCCAAAGCUCAUCAGAGGAGGCACAAGCCAAGGGCGCAGAACUGGUGGCAGAACUCGCAAAGGUUGAAAGUUGCCGCGUAGGGUGUGUUACAAGUGGCCUUGUUCCAAUACUAGUAGAGAAAAUGGCCAGCACUACAACUGGCGUGGCGCUGCAAGCAUGCCGAGCUCUCGGCAACAUUUGUUAUGAACACGUUUAUCUUCCAGAUGGUGGUCGUGUGAGUGUGAUGGAGUCUGGUGGGGCUGCACAGCUCCUUGGUCUUCUACAGAGGGCUGCAAAUCUUCCAAACUCACCUGAUGACCACCAGUUGCGUCUUGUCUCCACAGGAUUCCUGCUGAAUCUCCUAAACUCGUAUGACACUAUCCAGGAUCAGUCAAUGGAAGCUGAACUGGUUGAUGUCCUCUGCCAAUAUCUGGACAAGUUUGCUGAAGAUGAAGACAUUCCAACUCAUGUCCUUCUAUCUCUCACCUGCAUGGCUGAUACAGAGGUUGGGCGAGGAUUAGUGGUGUCACGAGAUAUCACACCACAGUUGGUACGCGUCCUGAAGAUAAAUGAGUCUGCUGAGGUUACAGAGACUGCUUUAGAACUUAUUACUAAUAUUGCGGAAACAGAAUGUGUCAAGACUCAGGUAGCCAAAGGAGGAAUCUGUGAGGCUGUUGUAGAGGUAGUGAGGCGUCAUCGUAAUAGUCCGAGCUCUGAUUUGUCCCCACCAAUUAUAAAGACUGCCACUGAUCUUAUUGUCCUCAUUCUUGUUGGAGAUGAGAGUAUGAACAUCAUCUAUGACAGUGGUAAUGGUCCUGUGUACAAAGAAUUAGUGGAAUGGCUUACAUCUGAUUUAGAAGAUUUGCAGAUAGCUGGUGCUCUUGCUAUGGGAAACUUUGCCAGAAGUGAUGCACACUGUAUUCAAAUGGUUGAAAGUGGAAUCGCAGAAAAAUUGCUCAAGGUUCUUUCAAGCCAUAACUCUGGGGAAGGGGAUAUUCGACUACAGCACGCUCUGCUGUCUGCCCUUCGGAAUCUCAGCAUUGCUAGACAGAACAAACCUGAACUGGUGAAACAGGGUGUCCUGGAAGUACUGCUUCCCAUGGCAACUGCAAUAGAGACUUUCCCUGUGGUGUUUAAGCUUUUGGCAACUCUUCGCAUGAUCAUCGAUGGGCAAAGUGAAGCAGCAGUAAAGAACCUACUUUUGAACUUCUGAAGACAGAACAACUAAAGGAAGCCAUGGCAAAGUAUUCAGAGCAUGAGAAUGAGCAAAUAAAGAGCUUGGCUACGGCUCUGAAGGAAAAGAUGUAGUUGUUGUGAAGAGGAGCAUUUUUUGGUUGGUUUGACAUUCCUGCAGAGGACUAUGUGACAGAAGCUCUGUGAAAGUUUGUGCCUUGCUCUUUAUGUUGGGGGUAAAGAGAGUGGUAGUCAUGUGUUCUUGGAAAAGGCAGUGAAAGCCCUGGAGUAAUCAAAAUUCAAGAACAGCAUUGCAACCUUCAAAGUACCAGUUUUAGAUGACAUGUGAAAAGAGCCCCCAGACCACCUACCACUCUCUAAGGGCCAUACGAACCAAGCUGAAGUCCACUGUGCGAGUGGUACCACUUGAUUGAGUCACCCUGUGGCUUCUGACUUAUUCCACAGGAUGGGCCAGUCCUCUUCUUAAACAGGCUUGUGUACCUUCCUCUUCAUGAAGUUCAUAUGUGACCAAUAAAAUCAGUGAAGUUAAUAAACAAUAAUAACAGCAGGAACGUAAAAUGACUACAGUAGCCAAAUAUAAUAUAAUAUUGAGGUUGUAAAUGUCACCCAAGUUUAUUCAUUGGCCUUUGGUUUUAUUUCACACAUCGGAAUUGUGCAUAUCCAUUGAAAGUUAAAUGCUAGUUAACAAGCUAAAAUGCAAAGCUUAAUGAGAGUCUGUAAAUACACACAGUCGCUUAUUUCCCUAAGCCUGCACAUGAGCAUGUUUUCUACUUCUGGCUUUUGGCAAUGUAAAGCAGUUGAAAGGCUUCAGCAAAUGCUUAAUUUUUUUUUUAUACAUAUAUAGUUUCUAUCAUUUCCAUUUUUCACACAGCUUCUUAUGAGAAUGGUGUUUGUGGACCUAAUAAGCCAAAUCUAGCCGUAGAUUAGGGGAGUUGUUAUUGGCUUCCGUUGCAUUCCAUAGUAAUUGAUAAAAGUUAGGUAGCAGGUAAAAUUCAUUGGAGUGCACUGAUCAUAUUUGAUAUGUUGUUCCCCUUUGCUAUAAGUGAUAUAUAUAUAUUUUCUAAGAAAGUAUUCUUACUUUUAUUACUGUAAACACUUUGCUUGUACAUACCCAUCACUGAUUACUUGGUAUACUGUAGUUUCUGAAGCACAUGAAUUGAGGUGGAAGGAUUCGUUUGCCCACAUCACGUACUUAAUAAACGAUGCAAGUAAUCUUACGACGUUUUCAAUAGAUUACAUAGUAAUACAUCGAUAAUGAAUAUUGAGAUAGCAAAUUAAAUAUUUAUAUAUAGACCCUUGGCAGUGAUGUAGUUCAAAUAAUCACGUACAGGAUCUAAAUCCUGGUUUGUACCUCCUUACCUAUGACAGUGACACCUUGUUACUGUUUCUUUCAAUUGUGAUAUAAUGUUAUGUCAGCGUCUGUGUGUUGUUAUUGGCCUAGUGAAAAUUAUAAAAAUUUUAGGUGUUAAAUUUAAUCAAAAUAUUCAUGAUUGUAUGCAUACAAUUUUGUAUAUGUACAGUGUGUAAAAGACAAAUACAGUGUACUGUAUAUAUUUGAUUAAUAUGCAAAGAUCUAUAUGCAAAGUAUUUUAUGUUACAUUCACACAGAUGUUUCUUGAUUUAAUUAGAGAUUGUGUAUUCAGAAAUCAUACAGUUUUAAUCAAAGCUUAUCGAAUGAGCACUGACACUUGUGAUAAUUUAGCCUUAGGAGUUGUUUUGGUUCAAAAUGAUUUUCUUUCUUUCCAUAAAUCCAGAUGAAAGAUUAAGGCUUCUUCAGUUUAUGUAUGUGUGCCUGUGACCUAGGGCUGGUGUGGUAUGGACUUCAAGGAAGUGGUACUUUAUUGCAUUUUGACUGACGUCCUUGGCAGUCUUGUAACAUUUCAGCAGUUUCUCCAGAUCUUUUCAGUCAAGUCUCAAGUAAACAGUUGGUUGUCUAAGGUUUGUUUUUGCAUUUAAUGUAACUUGUCUCUUGGGACAGACAGGGUUUUUGGUGUAGCUGUUGACAUUUUUUGUCAUCCAUUAGAUACACUAAUUGGAUUUAAGGAACACUUCUCUGUCAUUAGUUGUGCCUGAAGUUGCAUUUGCCAAUAAGAAGGGUAUUGGAUUUUGAUAAAGAUAUUGUUAUUAGUUGGUAAAUUUAAAUUAAUAUAUAAUGUCAGAUUAGAAAUUUUGACAUAUUGAAAUACUUGUUAGUUUUUGAGACUCAUAUUGGAAGUAAACUUCAGAACUUUUACUUUGCAUAAUGCCUUGCAUUCUUUUAAUUAUAAUGAUGCUGAUAUAUUUCCUAUAAGUAAUUCCUCUUACUAAUACUUAUACAACAUACUCUGUUGUGUUUUGGCAUAGGGAGGCUAAAAAUAGUAAUCUGUACCUUUUAUUUGUUCUUUGUUUUGGGGCAUAAAUUUCUCAGUGUGUUUGAGGUUGGUUUAUAUACUGUCUUAGUUAUUCAUGCAUUAAGGUUUUUAUAAAUGGUUGUCUUAAUAUUUUGGUAAUGAAAGGUUCCAUUUGUUUAGUGAAUUGUCUUUGUUUUUCUUUAAAAAUUAUUUUUGUUAAAGAAAGCUAUUGUUGUACCUGUAUGCAUGCAUAUGAUGCUUUCAUCUUAGCCCAUUUCUAUUUUAAAGAGGCUCCGUCAUGUCAUUUCUGAUUAUGUCAUUAUUUUAUUCUGAAAGAUUUUGAAAAUUAUUAACAGGUAUCGGGUGCCUUGACAAGUCUUUUCCUAACUUUAUCAACAGAAUUGAAGUAGGUUCAGAUUAGUUUUCACAAUAGCCUUCUGGGUCACGUAGGCUUUGGUAGAAGUAUUAGAAUUUGAGUCUUCAUAAUUUUAUUUAAAGUUAGCUGUGGUUUCUUCUUGGGUUGUUACCCUAUUUUUAUACAUAUCUUUUGAUAAAGUAUAAACCAUAUAAUCUCCUAGUUUAUUUAUUUAUUUUUUUUAUUAUUAUUAUUUUUUAUUUUUUUUGCAUUGGAGGAUGUAGGUGUAUGUGAGUGCCUGGAUCUCCCUAAAACCCAGUUUCUUUUUAAGAUUUCACUUGAGUAGAUAUUAUAGGAUUAGGUAUGCAUGUAAGCCUAUUACUGUACUUACUUUAAUUUUAUUUUUCCAACACAUGCUUAAUGCAAUAUUUGGAUAUAUUCUUGCAUGUUUUUAGUGCUUCUGCAUGUGGCAGUUACUGAAUAAAGAAUAACAAAAUCUGAAUUAUUAAGACUUAUCAUGAUUUGCACAUGGUUGAAACAAAGUACAGUACAUUGGUAGUUUUUUCAGUCAUCUUUUUGUCUUUUGCAGGUGGUAGCUAUUAAGAGUCAGGGAUGAAACUGCUACCUUUCUUUAUUCUUGUAUUAAACUUUUGUUCUCGUGCUGACAUAGCAGGUUGGAUAAUUGUGUUCAUUUCAUCCUUCCAGUUGUCUUCAGGUAGUAUAUUAUUGUGUGCUGUUGAAAUAAUAUUGCAGUUCAUUUAAAUGUUAUCCACUAAUUUGCUCUAAUGUUAUUUAGUUUUGCAUAUCUGCAGAAGGCAUUUUAGUUGUAUCUUCUGACAGUGAUUUUUUAUUGUUGUUCAAAUCCCAGUGAAGGUUAUUCAGUCUUGAAAAUGUGUGACUAUCCUCAAAUGAUUUAUGAGGCUCUUGAAGGUAUUACUUACUAAGUUAAAAGAUUGUUUCUUUCUAUGUAAUUGCCACAAUAUUCUUCCAGUGACAAUCUUCCAGAAGUGAUUUUUAAUUUUAUUAAAGUGCAUAAUUGUAUGUUGCUGUUCUACGUAGUUAACAAGUCUUUGGGAUAGAUUCAGCUUGGUAGUAGAUUGCUUUUGGGUAGCACUGAUAUAUUGGCACGAUUGAUCACUCUGUUCCUUCUGUGACUUUGCUUUGUUUGUUUCUGAUGAGAUAAUUCUACUUUCGUAAAAGACAUUCCUUUUUUCAUUGUACUUGAAUCUCUAUAAUUCUCUGCAGUAUUUGAAAUCCUAUCAGAAUAAUGAAGACUGAGGUGCAUUCAACUGGAGUGUAAAUAAUGAAAAUACUAGAUAGUUGUAAUACUUUAGAGGAGCUGUUUGGCUUCAGUAAACAACCUGGUCAGAGCAGUUGGGGGUUUAUAAUUUCCAGCAGAUUUAAACACCAACCUUUCAAAUACAGUGCCUGAGAAUUGCAUCAGCAUUGCCGAAUUGUUUACAGCCAGAAAAAUUAGCUGAAAUAUUAUGCAGUACCUAGAUUAAACAAGAGUGCAUGGUAAUGGGCAUACUUUUGCCAAGCCUCUCUGAUAAAAAAUCAAUAAAUAAGAUUCAGGUUUUGCACAACAAUAAAUUUGUAUUCUCUAGCAAUCCUUCCACUUUUAAAGACUAGCAAAUCUCCAGAUGAACAGUAAUGGAGAAGAUGGUUUCUGCAAUAAAGGUAUCCAUCAGGAUUUGAAUAUUAGGAAACCCAAUGAUUCUUUUCACAUAGAAGCAUCGAAAUCUGUACUUCAGACAUCCUGGUAACAGACUGGUGAAAAGAUAACCUCCAUCCAGCCUCACUGGAGGAGGUAAUGCUUUAAUUUGAUAUUGGCUCUUGCAUAGUGUUGUAAGAUUUUAAGUGGAUUGGCUCUUGCAUGUAUCAUUUUGUAAGAUUUUAAUUGGAUGUAUGUGCAUUAGCAAAAAUGUUUAUACAGCAGAAUGCUGGUUUUUGUGGGUUUAUGAACCCAUUGCUGGUAUUGUAAUGAUUUGUUACUUUAUUUGUAUUUUUAUGUCUUUAUAUUGAAAUAAGCAUGCUACAUUCUAACAAUGUAAAGUAUUGUAAGUAUUUCUUUUAAUUUUAGGCUGUCCAAAGUUUUGUAUUGUUAGCCAAGUCAGACAGAAUGAAAAUGAUGAUGAAGUAUGUUAAGUUUUACUAGCAGCCGUACUUGUACGUGUUAGAUGUCUAAGGAUGUGCACCACACUUGAGAUUCCACUGGGGGUAGACUUAUUGGAUUUAGAAUGUGCAUUAUAGCUUGUUGCUCAUCCAGAGUUAAUCUAGAAAACCCCCUUAUGAUGUACCAAAUGCCAUAAAAAGGCAAGAUUGUAUCCAAUUCCUUUUAGACAAGAGCAAAAGUUAGAGGCUUUUAUCCUCUUGUAGGAUGUUAUGUGAUAAUAGUUUCUAGGGAGAAGGAAUUUGUUAUCAGGAGAAAGAUCGUUGACAUAUCAUGAUACGGAACUCUCAUUUUUUCAGUGAUGACAGAUUAUACUGGAACCAAAGUAUUUAUAUAUAUAUCUAUAUCUAUAUAAAAGAGGCACUUGUCUUUCAUUUAGGCAUUAGAGCAAUGUUUUACCAAAGUUGAGAGUAUAGAAAUUUACUAUUUUUCUUAUUACUAAUGAAACUACUCUGAUGUGAGAACAAACAUAAAUGAGCAAUGCAUUUAUUCGUUGAAACUCAACAUUGCAUAACAGUGAAUGUAUGUUGACCUACACUUAUAUGUAACUGAUGGACAGCUGUUAUUAAUGUUAGUAGUUGGCAACUAACAGGUGCUUUAUGUUGCUGCUUACUUUAUUUGAAGCUUUCUAGAGCGUUCGUUAAUAUGGAAUGAAAUUCAUCUUUUGUCUUGCAUUAUAGUUAGAAAUUAUUUAAAGACGACAAAUCUGUUAAAUUUCAAGCUGCGAAAGCAAAGGGUGGCAAAUGUGAAAUAACGGUAGUUGUGACUUUGAAACACAAGCAACCUUGAGUGAAGCUUCUGCAAAUUUUCCUUGAAUAAGAAAAUAAGCCCUUGCAGAUACUGUAAUCUCAACAAGAUAGCACCAUUUUAUUAAUAUUCAAUUCAGUGUAUCUCUUUGAAUUUGAUAUAUUUUAAUUUUAUCGUUUGAUGGAAAGUACAUUACUAAAGCUACCAGUGACACAAGAUACUCUCUUGCUUAUAGCAGUGUUUUCUUCAAUAUGGUAUUCGUUUUUACCAUGGUUAUUAAUAUUACCUACAACAUAAAAUGGGCCUUACACCUUUUAAUAGUUGUUAUAUUUCAGACCAUUCUUGUAAAUUAAGAUAGUACUGUACUCGAUUUGUGGGUAGAGUUGUUCAUUGCAAAGUUUAUAUUAAAAGAAAAUCUUUUCAUUUACAUAGCUUUUAAAAGAAUUGAUGUCAGAGUCUAUUAUUGUAAAAAAAAAAAAGGUAGAAGAUAAGCUUAUAUUUAUUUUGUCUAAGGCAAGGUGAACAUUAACUCUUAACCCAUGGAGAACUAAAUAGUCCUUUGCAAUUCCACCACUGGGUACGCAAGAAAAAUGCAACACAUGAGGUCAGUGCAGUGUAGGCUGCAAGUCACAAUGCACUGCGAAUUGUCAUAAGUGGCUAAGUGCAAUCUAUGGGUUAAAUGAAAUGAAUUGGCAGAGCAGAAGGGUAGAAAUCUGAUAUUUCUGGUAAAUGUUAUUUGAAGAAAUUGUUGUGUGUAUAUUUCCAACAUUAAUGAAUGUCCAUAUACAUAUGCUACUUUAUGAUGUACUUUUUCUUUUUUGUUUCACCAGUCAUAUUUUAAAAUGGCCCUAUUUUUUUUUUUUUUUCCCAAUUGCUAUAAUUUGUAUGUGCAGUCAAAAUACAGUUAAAAACUCAGUAGUAUUGUAUUUCCACAUAUUACUAAAUGCUUUCUAGGUAAACUGAAAUGCUUUUAUGUAAUUGUCUUAAAUUGUUGAAUAACUUAUGUAGCUGGCAUUCAGAAUAAAUUUUAAUUGUUUCCAGGAAUUGCAAAAUGGAAGAGCAAAACUCAAUUUUUAGCUCAUAUGUAUUCACUUUGGAUUCUGUUUGUGUAUUAUCCCUCAAGCUAAUAUUUGCAUUCAUUUAUAUCAGAACAUUCCAUUAAUGUUUGUUUUUGGUGAUUGCUCCGCGCUGUGAUUCCUAUAUGGUAGUCUUAAAUAUCCAGAACAAGCACUCGCCAUCAUCAUUAAGUUUUUAACAGCUUGUUUAUCAUUUCCAUUCACGUUUGUUUGUUUUGUCGUACUUUUGGUACUUGGGAACAGACGUGCCGGAGGUGAUGAAGUAGAGAGUGUUCAAAAGAAGUUGUUUGUUAAUAAAUCCUGCGUAGGGAAGGAAAAAUUGUGAAGCAUCCAACACCAUUUAGGAAAAGGUUUAAUUAAAAGUGUAAAGUAUAAGGAAAUUAUUACAAUACCUUUCGUGUCUCGCUGGAACUGCCACCAGUCAUUAACAAAUGCUGAUAUAUUUUACAUUACUGUAGUAUCUUUAAUCUUGUGGCUUACAGAAAAUGUCACUGUAUAAGACUUAAUUUUCAUAUUCCCUUUUCUAUUUUUAAAAGUUUUAUUUAAUUUUGCCACCAAAAGUUUAAUAUUUCAAUGUUUGUAAGUUUUUCUGGUAGAAUCCUUAUGUAGUGUGGAUUUAUUCUUACAGAGUUUUCUUGUCUGUGUGACAGCUUCUACGACUUCCUGUUAUAGUUAGUCAUUCUGGUUUUGUAAUGUUUAAAAUCACGAAGGGAACAACAGAUGUAUAGAUCAUAUUGAUCACUUAGCCAUGUAUUCUUCCACCAAGUAGUACGUUAAUUUAUCCAUCUCCUGCACAAAAUGCUUUAUGUUUAGAGGGUAGAUUUUCUAAGGCAGUAAACCUCAGUGAUAUGAAAGUUAAGUUGAGUCGAAUCACACUACUUGAACUCCUUAAAAUGGUUGUAGAGCUUCUAAAAUGGAAUCACAUUCUGGAUUUGUUAGUAGGAAUGGAUACCGAUGACUGUUGCAGUUUGGGAGCUUAUAAAUGAGGCAGCAGAGCUUGAGGUGUUGAUAUAGGCACUGGAAAAGAUUCACAGUGGUAUUAUUUUUUAAAAACCUGGGAUUACAAUGAAAGACUGAGUUAUCAACUGAGGGACCAGCUUAUCUCUCCAAGGCUUCUUUGUGCUUUUAUGUUUAUCGUACUGACAAAUUCGUUGAAUGCUCGUUUAAACAGACUAAAGCUUUACUUUUUAUAUAUAUAUAUUAAAAGAUUAUCCAUGACAUUAUUCAGUUUUAUUGUACCAUGUUGAAUGUAUAUGUCUAAUUAUACUGUCAAUUUGGUAAUCUGGUCUUUUGAAUAAUAAAGCUGUUCUUUUUGAA